AUAUAUAUAUAUUUUUAAUUAUCUGCUUUUUUUUUUAAUAACCUAAAAAGGCUUUUAUACGCUUUGCUCCUCUUUAUAUCCUUUCUCAUCGAGACCAACGAUACAAUUCCAAACCCUAGCUUCCUCAAAAUCAAUAGAGUUUCAAGCGAAGAUCGAUUUUUUCAUCAAUUAAUCCCUAUAAUCGAUGAAAUUCGAUGACAAGAGGUGAGUCAAAACCGUGACGGAGAUCAAUUCGCGUCCGAUUUGUUCGAGAUUCAAGCCAACGGCGGAGAUCCUGUCGCGGAGAUCGUCGCCCUUCGAAGAACUUCAAUUGAUUGAUCGUGAAUCAAUUAAUUAUCUAUAUAAACGAGGAUUUUUCGUUCGUUGAUCAGUUUCAUCGCCUUUGACGCGGUUUGUUCAGAUCUGAUUGGAUUGUGAGGCCAACGGCGUCGUUCUGGAUACGUGUACGGACGGAUUGUGUGGAGUUUCGAUUGUGAAGCUGCGGAGAAGCCUUGCGGUGUUGCGAAGAGUGGUUUGAUCUUUACUAUUGAAGAGCGAUAAAAAAGAGAGGACCUCUAGCUUUUUGUAUUGUGAUUUCUUUUUCUUUUUUUCGGUUUUAGUUGAAAAUAGGCCUACAAUAUUUUAUCCGAGGGCCUUUCAAUUGAAACGCUAGGGUUCUGUGUUAUUAUUUUUUGUGAUUUUUUUAGUGAAAAAAAUUAAAGAUUCAUGGCUGUUUAUUAUAAGUUUAAAAGUGCUAAAGAUUAUGAUUCUAUAUCGAUAGACGGCCAUUUUAUAACAGUUGCAAGUUUGAAAGAAAAAAUAUUUGAAAACAAGCAUUUGGGAAAGGGUACCGAUUUUGACCUGGUUGUCACCAAUGCUCAGACUAAUGAAGAGUACCUUGAUGAAGCAAUGUUGAUUCCCAAAAACACAUCAGUUUUGAUACGUCGAGUACCAGGGCGAGGGCGCGCUCGCAUGCCCAUCAUAACCACUCCAAUCAUCACGGAGCAAGACAAACCAGUAGCCGAGAAUAAGUUCGAGGAUGCUCAAGCAAGCAAAAGUAGCUUUUCAGGAGUAGAUCCAUCUGUUUCAAAAUAUCCUGAAGAAUUUGAAUGGGAUGAAUUUGGAAAUGAUCUGUAUACAAUGCCUGAAGUUGCACCAGUUCAGGAUGCUCCAACUGCUCCCCCUCCUAGUAAAGCCGAUGAGGACAGCAAGAUUAGGGCAUUAAUUGAUACUCCUGCCUUGGAUUGGCAGAGUCAAAAUCCUGAUAGUUUUGGCGGUGGUAGAGGAUUUGGUCGUGGUAUGGGUGGUAGAAAUGGUGGGCGUGGUUUUGGUCGAGGAGGAUUGUUGGAACGGACAACGCCCCCACCGGGCUAUAUUUGCCAUAGGUGCAAAGUGCCUGGACAUUUUAUUCAGCAUUGUCCCACAAAUGGUGAUCCAAAUUUUGAUAUUAAAAGGACCAAACCUCCUACUGGGAUUCCUAAGUCUAUGUUAAUGGCUACCCCGGAUGGAUCGUAUGCAUUGCCAAGUGGUGCUGUUGCUGUUUUAAAACCGAAUGAAGCUGCUUUCGAGAAGGAGAUUGAAGGGAUGCCCUCUACUCGUUCUGUUGCUGACUUACCUCCAGAACUUUACUGCCCUCUUUGCAGGGCAGUUAUGAAAGAUGCAGUUUUAACUAGCAAGUGCUGCUUCAAUAGUUAUUGUGACAAGUGCAUAAGAGAUUAUAUCAUAUCCAAGUCUAUGUGUAUUUGCGGGGCCACACAUGUACUUGCGGACGAUCUUUUACCCAAUAAGACAGUGAGGGAUACCAUCGUUCGGAUAUUAGAGGCUAAUAAUAGCAGUGGUGACAAUGGUGGCAGCGCUUUUCAACCACAAGACAUGGAGUCUGCUAGGAGUCCACAACGUAAAAUUCCGUCUCCAAAGGUUCCAUCCCCUACGUUGUCUGCAGCUUCAAAGGGAGGUGUAGUUGCAUCCAAAAAUGAAGACAAUGCAAAUAAUAAGGAGAUGACAGAACCGAUAAAAGUUGUUAAUAAUACACAAAAUAACUUGGACAAGGUAACUGUUGAAAAGGGUGCAGAAUUUUUUGAGGCUACACACGGGUCACAGAGUGCAAGGGAACCAGGAUCACAGAUGGGCCCUCCAGUAACAGAUGAAGAAAUGCAGCAGAAGCCAGUUUCUGGGGAAGUAGGAAAGAAAAAGAAGAAAAAAAAGACUCGAUUGCCUGUAGGAGCAGAUAUGCAGUGGAGACCCCCUCAAGACUUUGCUGCUGAAAAUUACAUGAUGCCAAUGGAACCCUCUGGUUUUAAUCCUUACUGGAACGGAAUGCAACCUGGAUUUGAUGGGUUUGGUGGGCCUUAUGGUGGUCCAAUGCCCUUUAUGGGCUAUGGUCUUGGACCAGGGCCCAUGCCGUUUGGGGGUCCCUUUCCUCCUGAUCCAUUUGGAGGACAAGGUUAUAUGAUGCCUUUCCCACCUCAGAGGGACCUUGCUGAAUUUGGGAUGGGCUUUAAUGGUGGCGGUGGCGGUGGCCCCCCAAUCAUGAGCAGAGAAGAAUUCGAAGCUCGCAAAGCCAAUAUAAGGCAUAAACGAGAUCUUGAGAGAGGCGGAGGAAGCAGGGAGGUGUCAAGGGACAGGGAAUUCAGCAGGGACAUGAUCAGCCAUGGGGAUGUUCCCCCUGGGAAAUCUAAAUCUAAGUCUAACCCACCACCACAAGAUCACCACCAUUCCCGUCCCCGAUCCGAACGGCCUGAAAGACUGUCACCAGACCGCAGUACCCAUGAUCCAGAACCUUUACGCACAUCAUCCAAGAGGAAGAUGAAAUACGAGGAUGACUAUUAUGAAGAACAUCCUCAUCAACACCGGGAAAAAGAGCGCCGGCACCACCACCACCACUCAGAAUCGGAAAUAGCCUCAUCUGCCAGAUCACCAAUCCCGCCAGAGACAGGAGACCUACCACCACUGCCAUCCAAAUUAUCUACUGACAAAACAAUAGCUGACAGGAAACACAAAGCCAGUGUCUUUGCUCGCAUAACUUUCCCGGAAGGGGAGUCAGCAGCCUCCAAGAAGAGAAAGCUUGGUAGUCCUCCCUCUGCUGUUAACGGAUCGAGUCAUCACAGUAGUCACAGUCACCGUGCGGCAUCAAAUGGCUAUCAUGAGGAUCAUCGCAAAACUGCAACUGCUGUGUCAAAGAGUAGUUAUAACUAUGUAGACGAGCAUGACUAUGAAUCGAGUGAUGAUGAUAGGCACUUCAAGAGGAGGCCUUCCAGAUACGAGGCAUCACCUGCUCCUGCAGUGGAGGAAAGUAGGCAUUCUAGCAGGGCAUCGAGGGAGAGAGAAAGGGGUCAUAGCAGCAAGCAUAGGUAGAUUACUUGUGGGCAGACACAUCUAUCUAUUUCAGAGAAAUCUGUAUUUGAGAAUUGAGAUGAUCGUUUACUGAGAAUUUGGAAGUGGAAAACUUAUUCUGUAAUGCUUUUUAAAUUGUGGAAUAAAUUUACAACUUGCACUCUGUUAUCUUAUUAUUACUAUUUUAUAUUUGAUGAAGUUACUUUA